GUCCAGAGCAUCAGUUGGUAACGGUAACUCGAAGUGGCAGGAUCGCCAAAACAGUGAGAAAGAAAUUGUGAGUGUUGGAAAAACAAAGUGAUACAAAUUGAACAAUUUGUGAUUUUUAACGUUUCGGUUGCUAACGAAAACACAUAAACAGAAAAAUCAAUAAUGGCUUUGGAGCGUCAAGUUCGUGCUAAGAUUGCCGGAAAGCGUGACCUGGAGAAGGACAAGGAAGCCCAGUACUGGGUCGAAGAGGUGCUGGGAGAGAAAUUCCCGGCCGGAGUCCUGUACGAGGAUGCCCUGCGGGAUGGGCUCAUUCUGUGCAAACUGAUCAACAAACUGCAGCCCGGAUCGGUGGCCAAGAUCAACACCUCCGGAACGCAGUUUAAGAUGAUGGAAAACAUCAAUCUGUUCCAGCAGGCCAUCAAAAAGUACGGCGUUCCGGAUCUGGACGUGUUCCAGACGGUGGAUUUGUACGAGAAAAAGGACAUCGCACAAGUUACGAGCACAAUUUUUGCACUGGGACGGGCGACCUACAAACAUCCGGAAUUCCAGGGCCCGUGGCUAGGACCAAAACCGGCCGAUGAAUGCAAACGGAACUUCACCGAGGAACAGCUGAACGCAGGCCAGAGUAUCAUCGGACUGCAGGCCGGAACCAAUAAGGGAGCGACCCAGGCUGGCCAAAAUAUCGGUGCCGGUCGGAAGAUCAUCCUGGGAAAGUAAACCCCAUUCAAUCCCGUUCCUUUCCUUAUUCCCGUAUCCUUACGAUGUGGUAUUUACCAUUUAUUUGAUUUUUAUCUACUGAUAAGAAGAUAUUUGGGUUUUUUUCUCGGUUGAUCGCUUAAAUUAUUCGAGCAUGAUAUUGAUUGUUUUACAACGUAAGUUUUAAGAGGAAUACCGCAGAACUAAUUGAAGUCAUCAAAAAGUUUGUGAAAAACAUACAGAACCAAACAUUUUUUAUUGUGUAAUCAAGUACGACUUUUGUACCUAUACGUGUUAUUAUUGUAAGCCGAAGUUGAUUUGUAUUGGAGAUGAAAACAGAAAGAAAACAUUGAAAUAUAUUUGUAUAAAACAAGAACGUCCAAAAACA